GAGUGCUGCUUUACGGAAAGCCGGAUGUCAGCUCCGGUAGAGGAACAUGUGCCAAAGUCUAGCGGUUACCAUUUAAACCUGUUUAUCUUUAAAAUGUUCUCGCGUUGUAUCUGUUAGUUUUCUUAUAUGUAAACUACGCGGAUUAAAAGUAGAUGUAGGCGUAUUUAAUGUAGGCGUAUUAAUACGUGAUGUUGAGCAGUUAGCGAUCUGAUAUAGAGAGCGUUUAGUUUGAGCAGCUGUCAGGAUUUCAGUAUAAACCUGAUAAACAUUUCAGCAAUGUUCUAUUUCAUCGGUCUUGGACUCGGCGACGCUAAAGACAUCACUGUAAAAGGGUUAGAAAUAAUCCAGAGAUGUAGUCGUGUUUAUCUAGAAGCCUACACGUCCAUACUGACUGUGGGGAAAGAAGCACUGGAGGAGUAUUAUGGGCGAGAGCUGAUUUUAGCAGACAGAGACAUGGUGGAACAGGAGGCAGAUGAGAUGCUUAAAGGUGCUGAUGUCAGUGAUGUAGCCUUUCUGGUGGUUGGAGAUCCGUUUGGAGCCACAACCCACAGUGAUCUGGUCCUGAGAGCAGUGAAUGCUGGGAUAGACUACAGAGUCAUCCAUAAUGCCUCGAUCCUGAACGCAGUGGGCUGCUGUGGGCUGCAGUUGUACAGUUUUGGUGAGACGGUGUCUAUCGUGUUCUGGACAGACAGCUGGAAACCGGAGAGCUUCUACGAUAAGAUCAAGAGGAACAGAGACAUGGGCAUGCACACGCUCUGCCUUCUGGAUAUCAAAGUGAAGGAGCAGUCCAUGGAGAACCUCAUGAGGGGUCGCAAGGUCUUUGAGCCACCAAGGUACAUGACGGUGGCUCAGGCGGCCAAGCAGCUUUUGGAGGUGGUUCAGAACCGCCGAGAACAUGCAGAGGAACCAGCCAUCACCGAGGACACAGUGUGUGUGGGACUGGCGCGAGUGGGGGCCGACGACCAGGCAGUUCGAGCUGGAUCUCUGCGUGAGAUGGCAGUGUGUGAUUUGGGAGCACCGCUGCACUCCAUGAUCAUCACGGGCCACCUGCACCCGCUCGAGGUGGACAUGCUGAGGCUCUUCAGCAGCCCAGAGGGUCUCAGCAGCCUAAAGAUGACUGACAGCUCCACCUACAUCUCCUGAGAAGCUGUGCAGAACUUUUAACCCUCCUGCUGUCUCACGUCUGGAGCUUCAAGGAAACCACAUGAAUUAUGUAUUUAUUUGGUAUAGCUCAAAAAAUAACCAUGCAAGCUGCAUUACAGAAUGGUGCUUUUGGGUUAAUUAAGUUUUCCUGUGCAGCCUUCGAGUGAAUUACAGAGGAGAAAAUUGUAAAAAGGUCACAGAGAAAAGAAAAAAGUUUCAUCUGGGACAAAUGAAUGCCUCAAUUUGUGAAAUGCUUCUGUGAUUCAACUGUAACUUUGGGCUUGUGAUGUGACUGUAUAAUGGGAAUUUUAAUGACACUGGGUUUUCAGAAGUCUCGAUCAAACACACUUUGCUCCGGUUUCUGGAUGUGAGCCUCACGCUUAAUGUCUUUCUCUCUACCAAAAUUUUUAAUUAAAUUUGAUUUUCAAAA